CCUAACUGUGAACAUGGAGUGGAAUAUUAUGACAUUUUCCGAAUCAUCGUCCUAAAUAAAAGUCUGACUGACCUAAAGGUGUUGAAGAAUUGUAUAUAUUUUGAGUUUUUCGACAUGCGGAUGCUGUUUGGUUUGAUUUGUGUUCUUUUGUUCUUCAUUACAGGUCAUUUAUGUUAUCUGAUCCUCUCACCCACGGGUCCUGUAUCAGUUGAAGCUCUUGUGGGCACUAGUGUGACACUUGAAGUAUCUCAUAGUGGUGCAUCUCAGCCGGUGGUGACGUGGUUCAUGGGAAGCCUGCCUGUCGCCUCGUGGACCGUUGGCAUCAGCUCUACCUCAGAUUAUGCUGCAAACUACACCAAUGUGUUAACGGCUGAACAAAAUGGAUCGCUUACCUUUCGAAACGUGUCUCUUGGUUAUAAUGGCACAUAUACUGUGGAAAUGAUUAAGAUUGGAAAGGGAAGAGUCAGUGCUAAGUUUUACCUCUUUGUUUAUGAUAUCAUCAAGAAUGUAUCCGUGCAUACUGAUCCAGAUGAGGCCAUUGAAGGUGAACGUGCGUUCACCUUGUAUUCCAGCACAAUCCCAGGGGAGGCCAAAGAAGUGCGGUGGUUCUUUAAUGGGAUCCAGUUGGAAAAUGGACCUCAUUAUUUCAUCAAUGGGAAGAACCUCACAAUAAAUAAACCCAGCAGAAAUGACACAGGCCGCUACACUGCGGUCCUUACAAACCCGUUCAGCACUGAGACACGUCACAGGAACAUUACAGUGCUGUAUGGACCAGAUAGGCCUGUUCUCAAGGUGAGCCCCACAAAAGCAGUCUUUGUUUCGGGCGAGUCUGUUUUCCUCUCCUGUGAAGGCGAUGGUGUACCGCCUCCCUCCGCCACAUGGCUUUUCAGCGGCCUGUCCAUUCCAACAUCUUCAGCAGGAACCGUCAAUCUGACCGAUGUAAAGACAAGUCAGAGUGGCAUUUACACUUGCACACUGAAGAACACAAGGACUGGUGCAGAGCUCGAGAGAAACAUCACUAUAAAUAUCUAUGAGUCUCCAAGUGGUGAGCCGUUGUGCUCAGUACAUGCUGUGAGUGGAAACAUAGAGCUGCAGUUCCUCUGUGUGUGGCCAGGUGGCGCUCCAAAAGCACAGGUGUCUUUCCCCAGCUUGAGCACAAAUGGCACAGGAGAGGGCAAUUUCAGUGUCACUAUAAGGGAUAGUCAGAGUUUAAAUGGGCAAAAAAUCAUCUGCAAUGCUGAACAUCCUCUAAUUCACACACAAUGCAGUGUUAUUCCAUGUGCUCCUUUAGAUUUUCAACCAGUAAUUUUCACCAACAUGAGCCAGGAUGAAAACACCACUGUUGUGAUCCACUGUUAUUCUGAGGCCACGCCUGAAGCCAUCACGCACUGGUUCAAAGAUGGGCACAGACUGGAAAAUGGGCCCAAAUACCAGAUUAGUACAAACACAGUUGAACUCUUCAUAAAUGACUUUAACGCCAGUUCUGCAGAUCUCAACACCUACACCUGCACUGCCAUCAACCCUCUCGGCAACAGAAACAUGGAUGCUAAACUUCUCGGCCCUCAGAUCUCAGGUUCAGGUGUUUUCCUGAGUAACUAUCAUACAGAAGUGACUUUAAAAUGGGAAGUACCUCCUACCUCUGUUAUUACAGGCUUUGAUAUCCUGUUGAAGGGUCCCGCCCUCUUCAGCCCCCGGCCUCUCAAUGUCGCGUCAGAGUUCCGCACCAUCCAAAUGAUGCCCGCCACUUCCAGGACGACAAACAUCUCUGGACUCGACCCGAAAUCCACAUACUACUUCAGGAUCCUCCCUAAAGCAGGCAGAACUGUAGGACAACAGUCAGAGCAACACAGGAUUGGGCCAGGUACUGGACUCAGUGGAGCUGCUAUUGCUGGUAUUGCUGCUGGAAUCCCCUGCUGUAUUUUUGUCCUGCUCUUUUUGCUGGGUGUGAUUUACUGUAGUAAACGUGAUGGAAACCCCAGGUAUCCCGUAUCAAAAGCCGUGGAGAAGGUUGUUGUCUCUCCGACUAGUCUGGCAAACCCUCAUAAAAUGUUAAGAGGACUCAAACCACCACCUGAGUACAGACUCCAACAGUUUGAGCAGUCGGGUCCAUUGCCUUCUGUGCACUCCCGUAUGAGAAUGGCCACCACUGUGUGAUGCUGACCUAUAUGAACAUUUAUUUAAAGGUGAAGUGUGCAAUUUCUGGGGUUUCAAAGGAAUUGCGAUUAUUUGGUUUGAGACCUUUAUGGCGACUGGCUGACCAUAACAGCACUGACUCAAACAAUAAUGUGAGUUUUGGGGUGGGGAUGUUUUUCCGACCAGUCUAAGACCAGUUAUUUUGACUUAUUGGACCUA